AAGAGGUUAUGGGCCACCGCUGGGGCUUCCUGAUCGUCUUCCUGGGCGCCGUGGGGCUGCUGGGCUCGGGCUACGGCAGGCAGCAGCCCUCGGAAACGGCGGCGCAGAGGUGCUUCUGCCAGGUUAGUGGUUACUUGGAUGAUUGUACCUGUGAUGUUGAAACCAUUGAUAGAUUUAAUAACUACAGACUUUUCCCAAGACUUCAAAAACUUCUGGAAAGUGACUACUUCAGGUAUUACAAGGUAAACUUGAAAAGGCCAUGUCCUUUCUGGAAUGAUAUCAACCAGUGUGGAAGAAGGGACUGUGCUGUCAAGCCUUGUCAGUCGGAUGAAAUUCCCGAUGGAAUUAAAUCUGCAAGCUAUAAGUAUUCUGAAGAAGCCAAUAAUCUCAUUGAAGAAUGUGAGCAAGCUGAACGACUUGGAGCUGUGGAUGAAUCACUGAGUGAGGAAACGCAGAAGGCUGUUCUUCAGUGGACCAAGCAUGAUGAUUCCUCAGACAACUUCUGUGAAGCUGAUGACAUACAGUCUCCUGAUGCGGAAUAUGUAGAUUUGCUCCUUAAUCCUGAGCGCUACACGGGUUACAAGGGACCAGAUGCUUGGAAAAUAUGGAAUGUCAUCUAUGAAGAAAACUGUUUUAAGCCACAGACAAUUAAAAGACCUUUAAAUCCUUUGGCUUCUGGUCAAGGGAAAAGUGAAGAGAAUACCUUUUACAGUUGGCUAGAAGGUCUCUGUGUAGAAAAGAGAGCAUUCUAUAGACUUAUAUCUGGCCUCCACGCAAGCAUUAAUGUGCAUUUGAGUGCACGGUAUCUUCUACAAGAUACCUGGUUGGAAAAAAAAUGGGGACACAACAUUACAGAAUUUCAGCAGCGAUUUGAUGGAAUUUUGACUGAAGGAGAAGGUCCAAGAAGGCUUAAGAACUUGUAUUUUCUCUAUUUAAUAGAAUUAAGGGCUUUAUCUAAAGUGGUACCAUUCUUCGAGCGCCCAGAUUUUCAGCUCUUUACUGGAAAUAAAGUUCAGGAUGCAGAGAACAAAAUGUUACUUCUGGACAUACUUCAUGAAAUCAAAUCAUUUCCUUUGCAUUUUGAUGAGAAUUCAUUUUUUGCUGGAGAUAAAAAAGAAGCGAACAAACUAAAGGAGGAUUUUCGACUGCAUUUUAGAAAUAUUUCAAGAAUCAUGGAUUGUGUUGGUUGUUUAAAAUGUCGACUAUGGGGAAAGCUUCAGACUCAAGGAUUGGGCACUGCCCUGAAGAUCUUGUUUUCUGAGAAACUGAUAGCAAACAUGCCAGAAAGUGGGCCCAGUUAUGAAUUCCAUCUAACAAGACAAGAAAUAGUAUCAUUAUUUAAUGCAUUUGGAAGAAUUUCUACAAGUGUGAAAGAAUUAGAAAACUUCAGGAACUUGUUACAAAAUAUUCAUUAAAGAAAACAAGUUGAAAUGUGCCUGUUUCUGGAC